CAUACAUAAGCCAUGAGUAUGUUUAAGUUUCAAGUAAGGAGAAAAUAUUGACCGAAAUCAAAAGUGAGGAGAAAUAAAAAUCAAGAAGCAGAUACAUUGAACCUGGACAUGCAAAAGCUACACAAAGCGCCUAUUAAAGAAACAUAAUCAAACCCUAACACUCAACAAAUCAAGAAACAAAGUUAGAACCACAAUCAAAUCCUUUUACACAAAGAAUCUUAAUGGCGAACCGAGGAGGAUGCGUGACGGUGGCGGCGGAAGAGAUGGAUGAGCUAAGGAGGAGGAACAUAGAGCUCUCGAGAGAAGUGGCGGAGAUGAAGACAGAAAUGAUUAAGUUGUGGCAGCGAACGGUUGUGGCGGAGGAGGCGGAAGAGCAACUCUGCUCGCAGCUGGCGGAGCUGGAGGUCGAGUCUUUAGAACAGGCACGUGACUAUCACGAUCGCAUGCUCUUCCUCAUGGAUCAAAUCUCUCGUCUCUCUUCUUCUUCUGUCGUCUCUUCCUCGUAGAAUAAGAUAUUUCUCAUAAGUUAUGUAUAGUUGUGUAUGUGACAAUCACUAUACAUGUAUAUAGAUCGAUGGUAAUAUGUUAUGUUUUCAACAUAAAUUAAAUGUUUGAAUCCAUUUCUAGUGAAUAAAUUAGAAUUUCUGAUAAUCAUACAAAUUGUUGAACUCCAUUUCUAAUGAAUUAGUAUUUCUGGUACUAGUUGCA